UUAGGCCGAAUAUUGGGCGCCUGUAGUGGUGUUAACAUUGGCCCCGACCUGUCAUUUGUGGGUCAGUACGCGGUUCGGGCAGAGUAUCAGGGAUUAGGUAUUGGUAAAGCUCUUUGGGUUAAAGCUAUGAAAAAUAUGGGCGAUAGAAACGCUUCACUAUUCGCAGCAACCGUGAAAAUAUUCACAAUUUAUAGAGAUGUCCACCAUUUCUCUGCCGUUCCCAAGAAACGGAUCAUUCAUAUGAAGGGAGAGUUUGCGCCAAACAUUGAUAUUACUGACAGAAUCGAUGGCAUCUCUUUGAUGGCCAUCAAUGAAGACAACAUUCGAGAUGUGAUUGAAUACGACAAACAAGUUUGCGAUGGUUUAGACAGAAGCGCAAUGCUUUCGGCACUUUAUAAGAGUCCCGAAAAUAUCAAUUUAGUGGCCGUUAAUGAGAGAAACCAAGUGUUGGGCUAUUGUUUCGUUUUGGACACGAGUAGUGGUGUGACGGGUAUUACACCCCUCUAUGCAGACAACCAACAGAUCGCUGAGUUGUUGGCCAACAAAUGCUGUCAACGCUUACCCACACAUAAAACUAAGAAAAUGUUGUAUUUAUGUUGGGAUUCAAAUCCCAAUUCAAUAGCAGUGGCAGAGAAACUGGGAUUAAAUCCCAAGUGUAUAUUUGUAGCUCAAGACAUCGAUUCAGGAAAACUAUUGGGAAUGACAAGUGGUAUAAAUAUAUCGCCAGAGUUGGCACACGUCGGUCAAUAUGGAGUCAAACGAGACUAUCAGGGCUUAGGAAUCGGUUCAGCACUUUGGGAACAAAUGAUGGCACAUAUGGGCGAUAGGAAUGUAUCACUUUAUGCUUCGGAUCUAAUGGUUGCUAAAUAUAAAGUUCAUUUCUCAUUUGUACCGGAAAGACGCCUGGUACAUUUUACUGGAAAUGUUACUAAUAAUAAUCUCGUCGAUAGUAUUGAUGGCAUUUCUUUAGUACCAAUAGAUAAGAGUAAUAUCGGAGAUGUGAUUGAAUACGACAAGACUGUAACCAAUGGUGUGGAUCGAAGACUAAUGUUUGAGGCACUCUAUAAAACCCCCGAAACUGUGAAUUUGGUGGCAAUCAAUGAGAAAAAUAAAGUCUUAGGCUAUUGUGUGCUUUUUAGUACCAAUUUGAGUAAUUUAGUACUCGUGGAACCGCUUUAUGCAGACAAUCAGCAAAUCGCUGAGUUGUUGAUCAGUAAAUGCUGUCAACGUUUUCCCGAAACCAAAACUCAUCAAUUAUUAUACCUUUGUUGGGACUCUAAUAACAAGUCAAUGGAAAUUGCACUCAAAUUGGGUUUAAAACGAAAGUGCGACCAGCCCAUUUUGUUCAAUCCCAAGUGUAUAUUUGUAGCUCAAGACAUCGAUUCAGGAAAACUAUUGGGAAUGACAAGCGGUAUAAAUAUAUCACCAGAGUUGGCACACGUCGGUCAAUAUGGAGUCAAACCUGAAUAUCAGGGCUUAGGAAUUGGUUCGGCUCUUUGGGAUCAAAUGAUGGCACAUAUGGGCGAUAGGAAUGUAUCACUUUAUGCCGCGACCCCAAAAAUAUUUGCAAAGUAUAGCAUUAAUUUCCCAUUUGUACCGGAAAGACGCCUGGUCCAUUUUAGAGGAUAUGUCAACACUAGUAAUCUUGUCGAUAGUAUUGAUGGCAUGUCUUUAGUACCGAUCGAUGACAACAAUAUCGGAGAUGUGAUUAAAUACGACAAAACUGUAACCAAUGGUGUCGACAGAAGGCCAAUGUUUGAGGCACUCUAUAAGACCCGCGAAACUCUGACGACCGGAAUGCCGACCAAAGGGAUGGCGUUGGAUUGA